GAGAUUGACGGCUAGAGCGCCAACGCCGGCCUUUUGCCUUCUCGCCAAACGGCUGCUCUAUUUAAAAGCGUCAGUUCCGAUUCCUGGUGGGCAAGCUAAAGGAGGGAAGGAUGGUAAAAGGGGACGAGGUCGCGGCCGAACCCGAAUUCCCUGAACAGUUCCGCUCCUACUCGGAGAACGAAAAACACUGGCAAGCGCGGCGCGCCUUCAUCCUGCGCAAUAGCCCUCUGGAGGGCGGGGAGGCUCCCACUCCGCUGUGUAUGGACCAGCUGCUCUCCCUCUCUAUGGUUUGGGCCAAUCAUCUCUUCCUGGGAUGCAGCUAUAACAAGGAUUUGUUGGAGAAGGUGACAGAAAUGGCAAAUGGAAUUGAAGUUGAAGAUGUGCCACAUUUCACAACUCGUGAUGAAUUAAUCAAAAGAAUCAAUACUAGCGCCUAGGAGAAGAAAUGCCAGGCUUUUGUUCUACUACACAAUCUGUUUAUAUCGAAGACUGAUCUGGAUACUUCAAGCAUCACUUCUGAGAUGCAUUUUAGAUUAGGCUGUUUUUAUACUGGAUGCUUAGAGAUUAUGUACAGAUUUUGAUUAAUAAAGAGUGAAGAAAAGAAAACUACUACUUAUGUUUAUUUAUCAUUAGAUACUCUGCCCCCCCAAAACACCAACCCUUCAGAAAACAGGCUUAAAUCUGAUGUGAUUUUCCUAAGGUACCAGUUAUAUGGUAUGAAUACAGCAGUAACAAAAUCCCAUGAAAAAUAAAUGGGAAUAAUAGAAAUGAAUGUACAGUCAUAAAAAAUUGCUGGAUGUAAGAAAUAAAUGUUUUUUUUUUUUUA